UUUUUUUGUCCAGUUAGACCGUAGUGACUCAUUGGGUUGUGUGUGUGUUUGUAUAAUAACAGACAACAGUAUCAGCAAAAUUCGUUUGCGCGCGGUUCAAGGGGUGUUGAUUGUGGUAGUCACCGCUGAAAUAUAUCUCCUAGAAACAUUAAAAUGACUGUAAUGGAGAACGAGUAUUCUGAUGGCAAUGAUACGCCAUCAAAGAAGAAACAAAGUCGCAAAGGGAAAACUGCUUUAGCCCAUAUACUUUUAUUAGAUGGAUCCUAUUUAGAUGUUCACAUUGAUAGAAAAGUUAAAGGUCAAGAACUGUUAGAAAAAAUAUGCGAUCAGUUAAAUCUCUUAGAACGUGAUUAUUUUGGGCUAUCAUAUGAAGACAAACGCGAUCCUCAUAAUUGGCUUGAAAUGGAUAAGCGCAUAGGAAAAUUCUUAAAAGGAGAACCAUGGUUGCUAAAUUUUGAAAUGAAAUUCUACCCGCCUGAUCCUAAUCAACUUCAAGAAGAUAUCACUCGGUAUCAAUUAUGUUUACAAAUAAGAAAUGAUAUCUUGAAUGGAAAAUUGCCUUGUUCUUUUGUUACUCAUGCACUUUUGGGAUCAUAUUUAGUGCAGUCUGAAUUAGGAGAUUUUGAUAUUGAAGAACAUAAAAAUAACACAGAUUAUUUAAAGGAGUUCAAAUUUGCCCCAAAUCAAACUCCAGAACUAGAAGAAAAAGUCAUGGAGCUUCAUAGGACUCACAAGGGUCAAACACCAGCUGAAGCCGAAUUAAAUUAUCUAAAUAAUGCAAAAAAGUUAGCAAUGUAUGGUGUUGACUUACAUCCCGCCAAAGACUCUGAAGGUGUUGAUAUUAUGUUAGGAGUAUGCUCGUCGGGUCUAUUAGUUCACAGAGAUCGGUUACGCAUUAAUCGAUUCGCUUGGCCUAAAAUUCUAAAAAUAUCUUACAAACGUAAUCAUUUUUAUAUAAAAAUCCGUCCGGGUGAAUUUGAACAACAAGAAGCCACUGUUGGCUUCAAGUUACCAAAUCAUCGACUCGCUAAGAAACUGUGGAAGACGUGCGUUGAACAUCACACAUUCUUUAGGUUGAUGACACCUGAACCUACACAGAAACUUGGAGUUUUUCCACGUUUGGGAUCCAGAUUCCGUUAUUCAGGCCGUACUCAUUAUGAGACUAAAAAAACUCCCAUUGACAGACCUGCUCCAAAGUUUCAACGGAGUUUAAGUGGAAGGGCUUUAACAUCUAGAAGCAUGGAUACUUUAGGCGGUACUAGGCAUUUGGGAGAAGAUUUCGGUUUAGAACCUGAAGCUAAACGCCAUACAAUGUCUCGCAUAUUACCAUCUAGCGAGAGCAAUAUUGGCAAAAAUAAAAAACCAAACAAAAACGACAAGUCUAAUCAUAAAGAAAUGGCAAGCGUUAGUUCUCGUGACAGCUCCAUAACUGAGGAGGGAAAUUAUGAGAUUGAAAGGAGCAGCUCUGAAACUCGUAAGCCAAAGCCAAUCGGAGGAAUUGCUGUGUUACCAACUGGAUCGUUCAGCUUUAUGAAAAGAAGGAAAGACAAAUCUGCAUCAAAUAUUACCAAUGGUUUAAAUCACGAAGGCGAAGAAGAAAAAGAAAAUUUGGAAAUGACACCACCUGUUAAAGCUACAAGCUUUGUAGCUAAAGAACGAGAAGCUUUAUCGGCAAAUGACACUAAUACGAGCGUAGAUAUUUCAGGAAUUGAUUCACUAGAAAGCUCAAAAGCAGAGUCUACAAGAGAAACUGAAAAAUCAAAGCUUAAGAGUCCUGGAGGUAUUUUUAGCAGCUUUAGUUUGAAGUCUAAGAAAUCUAAAGAUAAACUGAAAGCUGCUGAUACAAGCAUAGAUACUAGCGCUGAACCCGAAUCACCUAAAGGUCUAGACAAGUUUAAACUAAAGACAAAAAAAGACUCAAAAAAACCAAAAAAAGAUUCAAAGUCUAGUCUUAGAUCCACCAACAGUACCACAUCUAAUCUGUCAUCAAACGCAACAUUUGCUGACCGUUCGAUUGCCGAAACUACUGUAAAUGUAUCUGCUAUUUCUACAUCACCUAGUUUUACAAAAACGUAUGACUACACAGAAGAUGAACAAGGUGUUGCAAAAAAACGUAAGCCAGUGGGUGGGUUUACCUACGAAACCAAUGUACAAAAAUCAAAAGAAGGUUUGAACGAAAUCCCAACGUCUCCCAGUAAAAAGGCACAAGGGCUAGCUUUUAAUUAUGCCCCAGGAGAAGGUAAAAAAGUUGCUGAAACUGCUGCUGAAAAACGUAGACAUUUUUUGGAAAAGGCCACUAGUGGUGAAGGUAUAAAAACACCAGGAGUUAAUUAUGUUCAAUCGGCCGCUCGAGUAGAAGAAACCACCAAAAAAGAUAAUGAUCUAAAAAAAGAAGCAGAUACUGCAAAAGAAUUUGGCACCAAGAAAGACAUUGAAGAACCAGUAAAAGAAUCAAAGAAGUUCAAUUUUAUUGAAACUAAAAAAGAUUUAAAAAAAGAAUUGGUUAAUAAAAAGGAUUUAAAGAAAGAAUUGAACAAUAAAAAAGAUUUAAAGAAAGAAUUGGAUAAUAAAAAAGAUUUAAAGAAAGAUUUGAACAAUAAAAAAGAUUCGAAGAAAGAAUUGGCCAGUAAAAAAGAAUCAAAAAAAGAAUUAGGUAUUAACAAUGAAGAGAAAAAAGAUGAUAUUACCGCUAAAAGUGAUCCAGUUGGUGAAAUAGAAUUUACCAAAACAUUGUUAGAAAAAAAAGUUGUCUCAGGAAAAACGGAAACAAAAAUUGAAACUCAGAAAAAAAAUAUUGAUUCUAAAUCUGGUAUCGGUCAGAAAAAAUCCAAAGAUCAUCAAGGUAGUAAAGGUGUCUUAGAGAAAGCUAUGGAUAAGUUAAGCUCAUUAAGCAAGAGCAAGUAUGAACCGGAUGUGAAAAAAGAAACAGCUGAUUUUAUUGAAAAUGAAAAACAAAGUACAGAAGAUGAUUCUAAACCAUUGGGAAGUGGAAAUAUUCCGCUUAUUGUAAAAACUACAACUAAACAAACUAUGAUUAAAGACAAAGAAGGUGUUACUCAGAAUAUUGAAGAAAAAGUAGAAGAUCUUAACUCUGGAGAGGUUACAGUAUCGACCCAACAAAAUAAGGCUGAAAGCUUGGAUAUUUCGACCGGUAGGCCUCCAUAUGUAAAAGCAACUGCAGUAACUACUCGUACAGCUACAACACAUCAGGAUUUGGAAAAAAAUUCUAAAACUAGCCAAGUUGAAGAGAAAACAGUAGCCCAUACAACGACGACAAGUGGGACUCGCCAAGAACAAAGAACUGUCACGCAAGAAGUUAUAUCUACAUCUACAAUCCUUGCCCCUGAAUCAAAAAAUGAGUUAAGUAGAGCUUCAAGUACUUCAAGCCUUAGCUCAAAUGAUUCUGGUACUCCGAUCGAUAUUGAAGGACCUAUUGAUAAUACAAACGGACUUGGGUAUUAUAAUAAAAGUUUUCAGAAUGAGUAUAAGGCCGAAAAUGUGACAGCUAACUCGAGCACAGCUGAAGAACGACAUAAUAUAAAUAUUACAUCUGAUGACAAGUCGUACACUUUAUCGGGCGAGAUAGUAUCGUCACAAGCGAUUUCAAGCAAAACGCGAACUGUUGAAACAGUAACUUAUAAAACAGAAAAAGAUGGUGUUGUUGAAACAAGAGUGGAGCAAAAAAUAACUAUACAGAGUGAUGGUGAUCCAAUAGAUCACGACAAAGCAUUAGCUGAUGCUAUACAAGAAGCUACUGCUAUGAAUCCUGAUAUGACUGUGGAAAAAAUUGAAAUACAACAACAACAGCAAUAAUAUUUGACAAAUAUUCAACUACCUUUCUUUAAAACAAAUUAAAAUUCCUACCAAAUAUUUCUUAGAUAAAUCGAAAAAACCAAACAUUCCAUUUAUACUAUUAAAGCUUUUCUUUUUAUUGUUAUAAAUUAAAAGUUGCUAUUACUUUAAUAAUUAUAAUUUUGUUUUAAUGGAACAUUGUCCCAUAUGUUAAGGACAAAUCAAUUUUAUUUUAUUGUUUUUAUUUGUUUACUGUAUUACUAUUUUUUUUUUAUAGUAAUAAUAACUAUAAAAUUACUAUAGUAUACUUCUAUAUUGAUUCCAUCCAAAUGUUGUAUGUAAGUUAUAUUUUACAUAUAUAAUAAUAAUAACAAUAAGAAGAUUAUUAAAAAAUAAAGAUAAUUUAUAUGUUGUUACAAAACUAAAUUCUAUUAGAUAAUAUUAUUUACUAUUAAUAAUAAAUUAUUACCAAAAUGUUAUGUAUAAAUUAAAAAAAAUAUAAUUAUUAAACAUUUUCGUGUAAAUGUAAAAGAUUAAUUAAUGUUGUUCUGUUCGACUCUGAUUAAGAGUACAACAACUUAAGUACUGUCCUUCUGAUAUCAAUCUAAACUAUAGCGCUUUUUUAGUUCCUUGUGAAACCAAUUAUGUGUGAAAGAUCUUUUAAACCCUUAUAAAAAAAUAAAAUUGAAACUCGUUAUUUUGUAACCAUUUUCUCUAAUAAUAUUAUGUAAAAAGUAUUAGAAAGCAUUCCUUAUCGGUAAAAAAUUUGACCAAUUAUUAAAAAUAAAAUAUUUUUAUACUUUGAAUAUAAUUUUAAAGCAUUAGUAAAAUUUGUUUUUUUUUUACAUUUAAAAUUAAAUCUUAUUAUUAUUAUUAUUUAUUAUUAUUAAGAUAACUAUUUUGAACCACCUUUUUUAAGAUUAAUGUAAAUAUGUUAUUUCCAAAUAACACUAUUAAAAUCAAUGAUUUAUUGUGCAGCUGAUGAUUCAUGUAGUUACACUAUAUAUUAUUAUGUUACAAUAUUAUUAUCACUUUUUUAUUUAAUUUGUAAAGCAUAAUAUAAUUAUAUUUAUUUUUUUGUUAAUUAAAUUAAUGGUAUUUUGUCCGUCUAAAGUCUGUGCUAUGGAAAGAGAAAUUAUAAAUGGCAUCUUUGUGUUUACCAGCAUGUUUAUGUAAUGUGGGUCAUAAAUUCGUAAGUGUUGGGUAUAAAAUAUUGUUUUUGAUUUUGUUACAACUUGUGUAAGUUCAACAUGUUAAUAGUUCAUAAUAUGGUUGUUAUUUUAUCAUAUCAUUAAUGUCAAUUUUUAUUUUUUUAAUAUGUGCAUAAUUUUUUUUUAUUAACAAUUAUUUCACUUUUAUUUUAUACUUUUUCAUUUUGAAUACAAACCUUUGUUUAAUUUAUUAUUGUAACUGUAUAGUUAAACAAUUUUCAAAUAAUUACAUUCAAGUAUACUAGAUUCAAUAGCUUAAUGAAUUUAAUUACCAUGUGAUAUAUUGUUUUCUAUUAAAAAUGUUUAUUUCAAGAGACGAAUAUUAAGCAAUUUAAAAAUGCUCUAAAACGUAUAAUAUAAGAUUUUAUAAAAAAAAAAAAUACUAAAUUCAGAGGACGUCACACUACCAAUAUAUUAAGGAGUAAAGUAUAGGAAUUUUUUUUUUUUUAUUUGUAGCUUAAAUUAUAGUGUAUAUAAUGUUUUAAUGAAGUUAUGAUAAUUUUUUAUUGGUUAUUUUUUUGUCAAGCUAUUAUAGUAAUUUUUAUAGGAUAAAUUACAAUAUUGUUUCAUUAAAACUGCUUUGCGCUGGAAAAACUUUAGCAGUUAUUUGCUAAAUUUUAUAAUACAUAGAAGAAAACUUUAUCUGUGUCAUAUCAUUUUUAUAUUAAUACUCACUAAUUGAAAAAAAAUGUACUUAUAUAUAAAAAAUUUGAAUAAUGUUUACGCUAACAAAAAAACUUAAAACGCUUCGUCUCGAGUAAAGUUCUUUUCUGUGUAUUGUAAAAGUUUGUUGUACAAUCUGAGAAAUAUUGUUCCCCACUUGACGAGUCUUACAACUGAAAUACUGGUGUUGUGGCUUCCUCUUAAUAAGAUAACAAAUCUUUAUCUAUAAAUAUAAUAUUAUCUUGUUUCUUAAGAUAGAAUAUAUUAUGUUUGAUAUAAACCACCUAAUACAAAUAAUUUAUUAUUAUUUA